GUUGGCAGCAGAGUUGUAUAAAGCACGGGAGAGAUAAAGGGAAGGAAACUUGUCAACUCCGGGAAACAUUGUUGCUGUGGCUGCCGCAGGCGCAUCCCUGCAUCCCUGUGUCAAAGAUGAUGCUUCUUGUGGUGCUGCUCUCCAUUGUUCUGUGCUGCGGUGGAGCUCAGCGUUCGGAGCCCAUGUUCACAGCUGUCACCAACAGUGUUCUACCACCGGAUUACGAAAGUAACCCCACGCAACUGAACUACGGGGUGGCCGUCACUGAUGUGGACAACGACGGAGACUUUGAAAUUGUUGUAGCUGGCUAUAACGGACCCAAUCUUGUGCUGAAAUACAUCAAAGAAAAAGGUCGUCUGGUGAAUAUAGCAGUGGAUGAGCGGAACUCUCCAUUUUAUUCACUCCGGGAUCGCCAGGGCAACGCCAUUGGGGUCACCGCCUGUGAUAUAGAUGGUGAUGGGCGAGAGGAGAUUUAUUUCCUGAACACAAACAACGCUUUCUCAGGUAUAGCGACAUACUCCGAUAAGCUGUUCAAGUUUAGGAAUGGGCGUUGGGAAGACAUCCUAAGCGAUGACGUCAACAUUCGCAGGGGCGUGGUGAAUCGGUUUUCUGGACGAUCCGUGGCCUGCAUUGACAGAAAGGGUUCUGGAAGAUAUUCCAUUUACAUUGCAAAUUAUGCAGACCGCAAAGUGGGUCCUCAUGCCUUGAUUGAGAUGGACGAAGCGGCCAGCGACUUGGCUAGAGGGAUUGUCGUAUUAUCCAAUGUAGCAGCCGAGGCUGGCGUUAAUAAGUACACAGGUGGGCGAGGCGUCACGGUUGGACCAAUCCUGAGCUCUGCAGCCUCGGAUAUAUUUUGUGACAACGAGAAUGGACCAAACUUUCUCUUCCAGAAUAAAGGGGAUGGGACAUUUGUUGAUGUUGCCACGAGUGCAGGUGUGGAUGACACUUACCAGCACGGACGGGGUGUAGCAUUAGCUGACUUCAACAGGGAUGGAAAAGUAGAUAUUGUUUAUGGAAACUGGAACGGUCCUCACCGCCUGUUCUUGCAGGUGAACACAAAUGGGAAAGUCCGGUUCCGGGAUAUUGCUACUCAGAAGUUCUCCAUGCCGUCUCCAAUCCGCACCGUAAUUGCCGCUGACUUCGAUAAUGAUCAGGAGCUGGAAGUCUUUUUUAAUAAUAUCGCCUACAGGGGCUCUUCAGCGAACCGUAUGUUCAGGGUUGGGCGCCGGGAACAUGCAGAUCCAUAUAUGGAGGAGCUCAAUCUAGGAAAUGCUUCUGAACCAGAUGGUCGGGGAACUGGGGGCGCUGUGACUGAUUUUGAUGGAGACGGCAUGCUAGAUCUUAUCCUGUCUCAUGGAGAGUCAAUGGCGCAGCCUAUAUCUGUGUAUCAGGGGCGGCAGGGCUUGAAAAACAAUUGGCUGAGAGUAAUUCCACGUACCAAGUAUGGCGCUUUUGCCCGCGGUGCAAAAGUAGUACUGUAUACGAAAAAAAGUGGAGCCCAUCUGAGAAUCAUCGAUGGCGGAUCUGGUUACCUUUGUGAGAUGGAGCCGGUUGCUCACUUUGGACUCGGAAAGGAUGAAGCCAGCAGCUUGGAGGUGACUUGGCCUGACGGCAGGAUUUUCACCCGCGGCAUUGCUGAAGGGGAAAUGAACUCUGUCCUGGAAAUCACAUACCCCCUGGAUGAAGACAGUGUAACUAAACCCACGGCUAUUGAGUGCGGCCAAGGCUUUUCGAUGAACGACAACGGGCAUUGUGGAGACACGGAUGAGUGCAUACAGUUCCCAUUCGUUUGCCCCAGGGAGAAGCCCAUCUGCAUCAAUACUUACGGGGGCUACAAGUGUCGUCCAAACAGGAAAUGCAGCCGAGGGUUUGAGCCAAAUGAAGACGGCACUGCAUGCGUUGCUCAGGUGGCAUACUUUGGCUCCUAUCCGUCUACAGCCUACAGAUUACGGCCAGCCUUCUUGCACUCUUCAGCUGCACUGCUAGGCCUAGGAUUGUAUUUCCAUAUAUACACUCUUUGAAUGAUGCAGUCCCAUAAAGGCUUUCUAUGCUUGGUUCUCUCAACUUAUACAGUAUGUCAAGGAACUGUCGGUCAAUCUACACCCCCUGCCCCGGGUUUGGGGACUAGGUGGCCUCGCUACAAACAUGCCAGAAAGAACUCUGUCCGAAGCUUAGAGUGAAUAGUGAUAUUUUCGUAAAACUCAAGUUGUUUGUUAAUAUGUCAUGCAUGUUUUCUGAGAAAACUGAAGAGAAACCCCAUCGAGGCUCUUGCUAAAGACACUCCGAAGUAUCCAAUGUAAAUUCAUGUUUUAUAUUUGACUCCUGUUUUUUUAUAUAUGUUGCCCAAAAUUAUUGGUUAACUCUUUUUUGCUGCAAGAGGAGCCAAUAGAACGUGCAUGGUGGGGAAACAGGCGAUCCUGGUUGACUCCUUGGAAACGGAUAUAAAGUGGGUCUGUACGGGAUUGGCCUCCUGGUCUGUGCUUUGCCUGCUCACAACUGGUAAAGGAAGAAGCCUUAUUGCGUUUAUUCUUUCUUUCUAUAUUGUAACAAAGAGAAACGUUAGUUCAACUGUAUUGCAGUCUUCCAGUCAUCAGUCCGGACAAUGUGUCAGAAAUAAAAUAUACAGUCAAUAUACAAAAGCUAUGUCUAAUACUUUUUAUUCCCUUAUUGUGAGUGAUACUGUAAUGCAACUUCAUUUGUUAUUAUAAAGGGAUAUAUGACAUGUCGCUAUUGAGGGAUUUAUAAGGAAAUAAAAAUGUUACAUGCUAAAGCAAAAAUACGUGUUUGCAUUACACAAUCUCCUAUGCACUUUGAUGAUAAUGCUGCGGAAAGCUUGGUAUUGUAGAUAAACAGCUAGAGAAUGACAAGCAGGGCCGUCUAGAGUGGGGGGGGGGGGGUUUGUGGGCUCGGGCCGGUUUGAUGAGUCUAUUGAGUUCUGUCCACUGGCUGUGUCAGUAUGGCAGCGCAGCCGAGCAGAACAUCGGCCGGGGAGAGAGGAGACAUGGCUGUGCAGCCAGUGGUAGUGAGCAGAGAGAAGUGUGUCUCCCCCCUCCACCCCACCCCCGGCGCAAUUGCCCCCAUUUCUGGAGCCACCACCCUGUACUUAGGCGCUGCAAGUAGAAGUUUGUUCAGUUUCUUUUUAAAGGGGGUGUGGCCAUGCCUCCCCAGAAUUGCCCAUGCCCCCCAGUGCCCGGGCCCCUCAGAGGUCUUGACGGCCCUGAUCACACGCUGCUGGCUCCAACAUUCUGUUAAAUGCCCUUAAACAGUAUACUGUAGUACGGUUUGUUGUAUAAAAGUAACAAAACCACGAAAUAGGCGUUGACACAAGACUUUUCAGUACAUUAUGCAGUCUUUUGUUAAUUGAAAAUAUUUAUGAACACAGUGGCACAGUGGUUAACAUUGCUGCCCCACAGUGCUAGGGUCUUGGGUUCAAUUCUGGCCUUGGCCCAAUCUGUGUGGUGAAUGUAUGUUCUCUCCUCGUUUGCACGGGUUACCUCCAGAUGUUCUACUGUCAUUCCCACAGUCUAAAAGCAGACUGGUAGGUUAAUUGGUUGCCGACACCAAAAAAUGGACCCUAGAAUGUGUAUUUGUGUGGCAGGGAUUUUAGAUUGUAAGCUCAAAUGGGGCAGGGACUGAUGACCGUGAUUAUUCUCUGUACAGUCUGUAUAAUAUGGUGGUUCUAUAUAAAAAUGAUAAUAAACUAUUAUGCUUCAA